ACAUUUAUGUUUUUCCACUCAGUCCACUUUGCUCAAACAAGGGUUUUGGUUGCGUGUGUGUUCAUCAGCUCAAACAAAGGGUUUUGCUGGCGCGAGAAUGAAGACGCGUUCAUCUCGAGAGGUUUUCAUGGAUCGACUCAGUCAGUUGCCGGACUCGAUAAUAUUUCACAUAUUUUGGUUGAUGCCUAUGACUGAUGUUGUUAGGACGACAUUUCUAUCGAAGCGCUGGAAAAACCUUUGGACUACCGCACCCUACCUUAAUUUCUAUGAUACUGACGAGGAGGAUGAUGCUACAGAGCUUCGAAACUUCGUUAAUCGAGCCUUAUUGCGGCGCUGGAAUGGGGUAAGGGUUCUGAAAUUAAAGGUUGAAUCGUUUUAUGAGCUUGAUGAUUCAAUUAAUGCGGAUACUGAUUUGUGGGUGCGCUUUGCCAAGAAUAAUCAAGCUGAAGAAUUAUACUUACAUAUGGAGUUAUUGGAUUAUGAUCGUAUGCAGUGUAAUGACUGGGUGCCACAGUGUCUGUAUUCAUGCUCAUCGCUUAAAGUGUUAUCGAUGAAGUAUUGUGAGUUUAGAAUUAAGGGGAAUGUGCAGUGGAAUCAACUCAAGAGUUUAACAAUUAUUGAUGGUUUUGGGGUCACUGAAGAUGCGAUUAAUCGAAUAUUGUGUGGUAGCCCUCGGUUGGAAGUCUUAAUCAUGUCUGUUGUAGAAAGUGGUUUCACCUUGUGUAUCCGAUCUACUAGUUUGAAAGAGCUUUCGAUUUACAACCAUAUAUUUGAUAUCUGUGUUAAUACUUGUCCGACGGAGCUGAGAAUUUGGACUCCAAAUCUUAAAACCUUGAAAAUUGAAGGAAGUCCAUAUGACAAGUGUUUGUUGAUGAAUGUCUCAUCUUUGAACCAUGCAACUUUUUCUUAUUCUGGUCUACAUCGUACUGAUACAUGUUGUGAAGGCUUUUCCGGGAUGGAUGACUUCUUAUCCACAGACCAUUUUCUUGGAGAUUUAUUUGGUCAAAUUCUUCCAAGCAUCCAACAUGUUGAAAACGUCACAUUGUUGCCCUGUUGCCUCCAGGUGCUUGGAGCUAUGAUAGAGGGAUGCAUGAAUUCAUCUUCUCCUAAUGUCAAGCUCUUACGGUUCAGAUUUUAUUGUGAUGAAGUUGCAGUUACAAUUGUGAUUUUCCCUCUAUCACAGAAGUUAGUCAUUAAAGUUGAAGAAAGGGCCAGAUACGAAGAUUCAAUCUGGGCUGACCCUUUCAACUACCGUGAGUUUGAAGAAAAUCUUCCUAUGUUGUUUGUACUGCAGUUGAGGACAGUUGAGUAUAAUUUGGUGGAGGGUGAUAUCAUAUUUCCAUGUCUCGAGUUCCUGUUGAAAAAUGCAAGUAGGCUAGAGAAGAUUGUGUUCCGAGUAAAAGGAUCCAUGCGACAUUCACGCAGAUUAGAGUCUUUGUUUCGUGCAUCACAGAAGCUGCUAAAAAUACCAAGAUCGUCACGAACUGCAGAAUUCACUUUCUGUGAAUAUUGAUCUACCAAAUUCUCUCUUCAAUCAUAGAGGAAUUCAGCAUGAUUCCUGGUAACUGGUAACUGAUAGUUUUCUUAGAUAGGCAAUGACAGCAUUAUGUUCUGAGCUUGUGAGCUCGAUAUGCUUGCUUCGUCUGACUACUUGCUCUGUUUCAAAUUUUCUUUCCUCUGUUUGUUUCAUUUUGGGGAUUAUAUUUGCUUAUUUAGGGAAGCAGAGCAAUUUGACACUUUUGGAUUAAGUUGAUGCUCUUUUCAUUUGUAGCACACUUGUUAACUCCUUACUGUUGUUGAUGAAACCUAGAUUGUUAUU